AUGAGCAAAAGAAGAGCCCCCUAUGAGUUGGAUUAGAAUAACCUCUCUGACGAUGAGCACGCAGCUCCUGAUUUGGGAAAGAUUAGCACUCCUGAAGAAAUUGCAUAAAGAAGAAUUUUGAAGAUCAAGGGUCCUAAGUCAGAAGAGUCUACCACACCUGCUAAGCUAGUUCUCCUCGAAAAGCUUGAAGACGCUUAACCUGCUGCUAAUAACAAUGGUAAUCAUGCUAACGAAGCUAAAGAAGGUACUAAUGGAGACAAAAUUGAAGAAAAAAAAAUUGAAUUCUCUACUAGCUCCUCACUAUUUGCUAAGACUGAUGCUACUAAUGGUAAUAACAAGCAUACUGAAAAUAAAGAAGAAUCAAAGCCUGAAUAAUCAGAAAAAGAAACAGAAAAAGUUAGUGAACCUGCUAAAGAAAAAACUACAAAUGACACAUCUCUAUUUGGAAGUAUAAAACCUUCUUCUGCUACUAGCGGAUUAUUCGGUAACACUUCCACUACUGGUGGACUUUUUGGUAAAUCUACUGGAACUGGAACUCUUUUUGGCAAUUCAAACUCCUUAUUUACACCUUCCUCUGGUACUGGACUUUUUUCUAAUGCAAACAAAGUUGAAGGAGGCUAAACUAUUCAAAAUAUUUUCAACACUGAUAAACCCACUGGAAGUCUUUUUGGAAGCUUGCCUACAAGCAAUGCCACUUCUCUCUUUGGUAAUGCAAAGCCUGCAGAAUCUUCCAGUCUUUUUGGUGAUCUAAAAAAUAACACCACUGGAGGUUUAUUUAGUAACAUCAAAUCAAAAGGUUCUGAUGAUGAAGGAGAUGAAGGUGAAGGUGAAGACGAUGAUGAACUUGAACAUAGCCCUGAAAUUGAUCCCUCAUAAAUCUAAAUGAAAUACUAAUACGAUAACCCCUAUGAGAAAGUAAUUGAUAAGAGUGUCCUUAAGGUAAGAAGAGGUGAUGGAGAUAUCUUAGAAAAGGGUUACAUUUCAUUUGAAAAGUUCAAGGCUGAUGAUAAAACUCCUAACAUUUUGGUCUACAGAGAUCAAAUCAAAAAGGUUAUUUUCACUAUUGUUGUUACAAAGAAAAUCAAUAAAGCUGAAAAGAUUUAAAACAGCACUAAAAAUCUUAAAUUCAUAUUCUAUAAAAAAUAAGAUGAAAAGUUCGUUCCAGACAUCAUCAAGGUUUAGUUCCAUGAUGAAAAAGACGGAGAAGAAUUUUACAAUAAAUUCUAAGAAUAUACUUAAAAUUGA